CCCGGGGCCAUCUCAGCCCCUGCUUCCCCUGGUCGGAAGCCACCUCCCCAGCCUGCUCGGCCCCAUGUUCCAGAAGGAACCGCUGCUGUGUCCCACUCAGAUUGCGUGUUCGUGCCAUGUGGUGUUUGUGCCGUGUGGUGUCCGUGCCGUGUGGAUGCUGCCUAGGCGUGAACCUCGGGACGGACGCAGGCUCCAGGGAGCUGCAGUGUGGCUGGGUGUAUGCAGAAGAGACCAACCAGCUCCACUCAGCAUCUCCUUCCUCCAGGGAGUCUCCCAGAGGUGCCUGUCCGAGGGACAGGGAAAGGCAGGGCCCCAGGAGCCAAGGCUGGAAGCUCAGCCCCCACUCAGCCUUUGCAAAUGGUCCAGUGGGAGCAGCUGGCCUCCGGGGAAGGCUGAAAACUCCAGCAGGGCCCAGGCAGGUGCGGACUCGGGAGGAGUGGAGGGAAGCCUCGCCGGGCCCGCCUUCCUCCUGCCCCUCCACUAUGUGGCCCGUCCCGAGCUGCUCUCUCUUCCCGCCCCCGACUCAGGCCUGGCUCCAGACAGUCUCUUCGGACCCUGAGGCCCAGGGCUGGGGGGCCUGGAACAAGACCAAGAACUCUCUGGAGCCAGAGGGUGGGGAAGGGAAGGAGGAGAGGGAAGGGGAGGCAGAGGAAGACCAGGACGGAGAUGAAGGCUUCCUGCUGUCUCUGCUGGAGCAAGACAGUCUGGCUGAGUUCCCCAUGCCUGACCAGGAGCUGGAGGCCAUCAAGAUGAAGGUGUGGGCCAUGGAGCAGGCCGAGGGGCUGCCUCAGCCUCCAGGGGCACAGCGCCGGGAAGAGGAGGACGCUGUGGCGGGGCAGCUGCUGAGCCCCGAGGCAGCAGGCCACCCCAUCCCUGGGACCCCCGAGGAGAAGGUGGAGGCUGACCACAGAUCCGUCUAUGUGGGCAAUCUAUGCCUACAUCGAGUUUGCCACCAAGGGCUCUGUGCAGGCCGCCAUGCAGCUGGACCAGAGCCUCUUCCGCGGCCGCGUCAUCAAGGUGCUGCCGAAAAGAACCAACUUCCCUGGGAUCAGCUCCACAGACCGCGGGGGACUUCGAGGACACCCAGGCUCCAGGGGGCCACCCUUCCCCCACAGCAGCCUCCAGGGCAGGCCCCGGUUCAGACCACGAGGGCAGAACCAGGCACGUGGAAGAGUCUCACCGUGGUUCUCACCGUAUUAAUAGGAGGGCCUGCUUUUGAGAGAGGGACUGGGGGCUGGGUCCCAAGUAAACCUGUUGUGCCCCAUAGGGGGCUGGGGCCGGUGGGGAGUGGGGUGGGGGCGAGGCCAGAGGAGAGGGGUGUCCAGAAGAGCAGCCGUGGGCCCCCCACUUGGCCAGAGGGGAAUGGUCCACUCAUGGCCAUAGUCAUGAGUCACAGCCACGGCCCGGUAGUGGGCUGGGCACGGGUGCCACUGGGCUCCAAGGGGAUCUGGGCAGUGAGGCGUGGGGGGAAGCGGAGCCCAGGCAGUGCCAGGCCAGCUCCGGCUUGGCAUGCUUGGCUCUUCAACUAACUCUUUUUAAACAGAAACGUGUGUCUUAAUGGUGAAACGUAAAUUAUUAAAAUGGAACAUUUUU